CAGCCAUACCCAGGAAGUACUGAGGUUUGUUGUUCAUCACUGCGAGAUUGCUCUGCCUAGCAUAUCUUCUACUUGUUAGUGAGGCGGAAUGGCGACGUUUAUUUCAGUCCCAUUAAAGAAGUCGUCAGAGGUGGACAUGGUGAAACCUCUGUCUAAAUUCAUCUGCGCUACCUACUCUGCCGGGGAAGAACAGGGGGAGUAUGUCCGAGCCGUGGAAGAACUGAACAAGCUGCGGAAAAGUGCGGUGGGGAGGCCGCUUGACAAGCAUGAAAGCUCGUUGGAGAUUCUCCUGAGGUACUAUGAUCAGCUGUGUGUCAUUGAACCCAAGUUUCCAUUCUCUGAAAAUCAGUUAUGUUUAACAUUUACCUGGAAGGAUGCGUUUGAUAAAGGAUCACUUUUUGGAGGCUCAGUCAAGCUUGCCCUGGCUAGUCUGGGAUAUGAGAAGAGUUGUGUCUUAUUCAAUAUUGGUGCCCUGGCCAGCCAGAUCGCCUCUGAACAAAACCUGGAUAGCGACGAAGGACUGAAGACUGCUGCUAAAUACUAUCAGCUGGCCAGCGGGGCUUUCUCCUACAUUAAAGACACGGUGUUGUCUGCUUUAAACCGAGAGCCCACCAUGGACAUCUCUCCAGACACAGUUGGGACCCUCAGUCAGAUCAUGCUGGCUCAGGCACAGGAGGUGUUUUAUCUGAAAGCCACAUCAGACAAAAUGAAGGAUGCUAUUAUAGCUAGACUUGCUAACCAAGCUGCAGAUUUUUAUGGAGAUGCCUUCAAACAGUGUCAGUACAAGGAGAAUUUACCAAAGUAUUUUUAUUUCCAGGAAGUGCUGCCUGUCCUUGCUGCAAAGCACUGCAUCAUGCAGGCCAAUGCAGAGUACCACCAGUCCAUGCUGGCCAAGCAGCAGAAGAAAUUUGGGGAGGAGAUUGGAAGGUUACAGCAUGCAACAGAGCUGGUCAAAACAGUGGCAUCCCGCUAUGAUGAGUAUGUCAACGUGAAAGAUCUCUCCGAUAAAAUUUCUCGUGCCCUAGCAGCUGCAAAGAAAGACAAUGACUUCAUCUAUCAUGACCGGGUUCCAGAUCUCAAAGACCUGGAGGCCAUUGGCAAAGCUGCCUUGGUAAAGUCCACAGUAAUCAAAGUGCCCAUUAGCCAAAAGUUCACUGACCUGUUUGAGAAGAUGGUCCCUCUGGCAGUGCAGCAGUCCAUGACCGUUUACAACUCAAGAAAGGCCGAAAUAGUAAACAGGCUAAUCGGGCAAAUGAGAGAAGCAACAAACCUGUCUAAUGGAGUCCUAGCCUCUCUGAACUUGCCUGCUGCUCUUGAGGAUCUCUCUGGAGACAGCAUACCCCAGUCUAUCUUGGAAAAGUCCAGAGCCAUUAUCCAGCAGGGAGGCCUGCAGAGCAUCGACCAGCUGAUUAAAGACCUUCCUGAACUUCUGCAGAGAAACCGAGAGAUCCUAGAUGAGUCUCUGCGAAUUCUGGAUGAGGAAGAAGCAACAGAUAACGACCUCAGAAACAAAUUCGGUCAACGCUGGCAAAGAACCGCCUCGAACGACCUUUACAAGCCCUUAAGAACAGAGGGAGGAAAUGUCCGCAAUGUUUUGGACAAAGCUGUCCAGGCAGAUAUAGUGGUAAAACAACGCUACGGCACUCACAGAGAAAUGAUUGCUUUGCUCUGCAAACCUGAGGCAGAGCUCAAUGCUGCGAUUCCUUCAGCCAAUCCUGCAAAAACCCUGCAAGGCAGUGAGGUUGUGUCAGUGCUCAGAGCACUGUUGGCCAACAUUAACAAAGUAAAGAUGGAGAGAGAGAAGCUGGAGAAUGACAUCAAAUCAGCCCAGUUUGACAUGACCAGCAAAUUCCUGACAGCACUGGCGCAAGACGGCGCCAUUAAUGAGGAGGCAAUCUCUGUGACAGAGCUUGAUAACAUCUACGGAGGGUACACCCAGAAAGUGCUGCAGAGCUUGAAAAGCCAAGAAGAGAUUCUGGGAAAUAUCCAGAACUCUCAUCAGGAGUUCUCUACAAUGAGACAAUCGAAUGCAGAUGCUAACCAGAGAGAGGAGAUGCUUAAGAAACUUGCGGCUGCUCAUGAUAGCUAUGUGGAACUCUCCAGCAAUCUGAAAGAAGGCACCAAGUUCUACAAUGAGCUGACUGAAAUCCUUCUGAAAUUCCAAAAUAAGUGCAGCGACAUUGUGUUUGCACGCAAAACGGAACGGGAUGAACUUCUCAAGGAUUUACAGCAGAGCAUUGCUCAACAGCCCAGUGCUCCCUCGUUUCCUGCAGUGCCUGCGUACCAGUCCACCCCCAGCAGUACUGCAACACCAGCCACUGCUACUUCGAGUGUUCCCACACCUGCACCAAGGACUGUGUUUCAAAGCAAACCCCAGCCACCAGCACGCCCGCCUCCCCCUGCAAUUCAAGCCCAAGCAGCCAACACCAGCACUCCCCCAGCUGGUGGGGCAGGUCCUAUUCCCCCUGCUACAGAGCCAGUGUCGACUCCUGGAGCAACUCAACCCCCCGCACAGGGGCCUCCCUACCCAACAUACCAAGGAUACCCUGGGUGUUAUCAAAUGCCUGUGGCCUACAACCCAUAUGCUUAUGGCCACUACAACAUGCCAUAUCUGUACCAGGCUCCAGGACAAGCACCUUAUCCCAAUGUCCAGCAGCCCCAGCAACCCGGAUACCCAUACCCACAGCAGCCUUAUUAUCCCCAGCAGUAGACUGUUCCUAAUAUCAGUGGCUGCUGGUUAGGUUUAGGGAAUUCGUCUAUUACUAUUAUAUUGGCUCCUUCCGAUAAUGCAAAUGUAUAAUUUCGCUCUGCAGUAAAAUGCUUAAGUUUUUACUCCUGUUCUGCUGAUGGCACUACUGUUUCACUGGCAUAUAAACACUAAUAUGGAAUAAAGUUUGGUGACAUGGUUGAUAAGAGGCUUUCCAUUUUAAAAUCCAUUGUAGGAGAGUCUGAGACAGAAUCUCUCAAAAGGGUCCAGCUACUUGUGCAAAGACCUAGAUAGUGUAACCCGAUAAUGUUUCAUGCAAGACAUCCAUAUAAUUGGUUUUAAAAUGGAUAUAUCUAUUGCAAUAAAAUGCUAAACUAUUUUUUUUUGUUCUAUGUAGACAUUUUCUAAGAAUUAUUUUGGUGAUGGGAUUUAAAACAUAAAAAACUGCAAUACAUA